AUGUGGCCGCUAAUUUUGGCCGCUCUCUUGCCUUCUCUUAUCGCGUCAUAUGAAAUAGACUCGCAGAAGCUAAAUGGACUGGCGAAAGCAAAGGUUGAGACAUGUGGUGGAUGACAGCUGAACAGACUGAGGGAGGUCAAGGCCUUUGUCACCCAGGACAUCCCUCUAUAUCAUAACCUAGUCAUGAAACACAUUCCUGGAGCAGACCCUGAACUGGUGCUUCUUAACCACUACUAUGAGGAGUUGGAUAGGAUUCCUUUGUCAGACAUGACCCGGAAAGAGAUCAAUGACCUUCUGGCAAAGCUUGGGUUCUACAGAAAGGCCCAGCCCGAAGACGAGGUGCCGGAGGAGUUCCGCUUUGCCCCGGCCAAAGACAGCCCCUUCAAAGAACACCACACCACCAAACCACCCCCUGCCACCACAGCGCCCCCAGAAACACCCCCCUCUGAGGCUGAUUCUCCACACUCAGACUUGUAA